AUGGAUGGUGAUGGGGCGCGGGAUCUCUCAGCAGCGCCCGUCCAAGUAUUAAAGCUGUCGGCUUCCCUAUCGAAGGACAAUUGUUCCUCUAUUCCAUCUCGCCGUCAUGUCUCUUACUCGCUGCGGACGUCUCGCUCGCUUCCCCUUGGGGGUAUCCGUCCCGCAGUCGCGGUCGCUCCUCGUGCCUUCGUGGCCGGGUCCGUUCCUCUCGUGCGGGGAGUAUCCUCACUCAAUCGGGAUUCGCAGCAGAAGCUUCUUGCAUCUUCCCUGAAGGAGUCUGACCCCGCCGUCUUCAAUAUCCUCGAAAAGAAGCACUUCAUCAACCUGAUCCCUUCUGAGAACUUUACUUCCCAGGCUGUUCUCGAUGCUCUUGGCAGUGUUAUGCAAAGUAUGUUGUUGCCUAUGCCCCUUCACAGCUCUUACUAUACAGGUUCUAACCGUCAACUAGACAAGUACUCUGAGGGAUACCCCGGUGCCCGAUACUAUGGAGGAAACGAGCACAUUGAUGCAUCUGAGCGUCUGUGCCAGCAGCGUGCCCUGGAGACUUUCCGUCUUAACCCGGAGGAGUGGGGUGUGAACGUGCAGCCUCUUUCCGGAUCGCCCGCCAACCUCUACGCUUACUCUGCCGUUCUGAACACUCACGAUCGUCUCAUGGGCUUGGACCUGCCCCAUGGUGGUCAUCUGUCCCACGGUUACCAGACCCCGAGCAAGAAGAUCUCUGCUAUCUCCAAGUACUUCGAAACCUUGCCAUACCGCCUGGAUGAGUCGACUGGGUUGAUUGACUACGAUGCGCUGGAGAAGCAGGCUCUGCUCUACCGACCUAAGCUGAUUGUUGCUGGUGCUUCUGCUUACAGCCGCCUGAUUGACUACCCUCGCAUGCGCGCCAUUGCUGACUCUGUUAACGCUUACCUGUUGACUGACAUGGCUCACAUCUCUGGUCUGGUCGCAGCUGACGUCAUGCCAUCUCCAUUCCCCCACUCCGAUAUCGUUACUACUACUACUCACAAGUCCCUGCGUGGUCCCCGUGGUGCUAUGAUCUUCUACCGCAAGGGUAUUCGUCGCACUGACAAGAAGGGUGAGGCUGAGAUGUACGACCUGGAGAACCCUAUCAACGCUUCCGUCUUCCCCGGUCACCAAGGUGGCCCCCACAACCACACUAUCACCGCGCUGGCCGUGGCCCUCAAGCAGGCUCAAUCUCCCGACUUCCAGGAGUACCAGAAGACCGUAUUGGAAAAUGCGCAGGCGCUGUCUGACCGACUUGGCAACUCUACUAGCAACGGCGGUCUUGGAUACAACAUUGUCUCCGGUGGUACCGACAACCACCUGGUCCUGGUCGAUCUGAAGAACCGCGGUGUGGAUGGUGCUCGUGUUGAGCGUGUGCUGGAGCUGUGUGGUGUGGCCAGUAACAAGAACACUGUUCCUGGUGACAAGUCUGCCCUUAAGCCUGGUGGUCUGCGUCUGGGUACCCCCGCCAUGACCUCUCGUGGAUUCGGCCCUGAGGACUUCCGUCGCGUCGCUGAGAUCGUGGAUCGUGCUGUGAUCCUGACUCAGAAGUUGGACAAGGCUGCUCGCGAGCAGGCCCAAUCCCGGGGUGCCAAGAACCCGGGUACUCUGAAGGCCUACUUCGAGUAUCUGGGCGAAGGUGAGGAGAUCUCGGAGAUUGUCCUGCUACGACAGGAGGUGGAGGACUGGGUGGGCACAUUCAGCCUGCCCUGGGCCAAGGACGAGUAG